UGUCACAGCCAUGGCGGUCCCGAGUGGGAAGCAGAUGUUGAGGUUCCUGUGCCAGUUCGGAGCGUUUAUCUUGACCCGUUUCGGCUUUUGGAACUGCUUCUGUAUGCUCAUGCUGUUCGCGGAACGAGCCGAGUCCAAAAGGAAGCCAGACAUCCUUGUGCCCUACCUGUACGUAGACAUGGGGGCGGCGGUGCUGUGUGCCAGCUUCAUGUCGUUCGGCGUGAAGAGGCGGUGGUUCGCCAUGUGCGCCGCCAUCCAGCUGGCCGUCAGCACGUACGCGUCCUACGCGGGCGGGCAGGUGCACUACGCCGAGUGGCUCAAGGUGCGCAUGUAUUCCAGAGCGCUCGCCAUCAUCGGAGGCUUCCUGAUCCUGGCCAGCGGGGCGGGCGAGGUGCACAGGCAGAAAGCACGCAGCAGGUCCCUGCAGUCCACAGGACAGAUCUUCCUGGGGGUCUACCUCAUCUGCAUGGUGUACUCUCUGCAGCACAGCAAGGAGGACAGGCUGGCCUACCUGGACCACAUCUGGGGGGGCGAGCUGGCCCUGGUCCUGCUGGAGGUCACGCUAGGCGCGCUGGCCCUGGCCUUCCUGUCGGGCUGCUACGUGCGGCAGGCGGCGCAGGUCCUGGCCACCGUCCUGCCGCUCCUCAUCCUGCUCACCGACGGCAACCUGAGCUACUGGCACCACACCCGCAAGGUGGAGUUCUGGAACCAGAUGAAGCUCAUCGGACACAACGUGGGCAUCUUUGGCGCCGUGCUCAUCCUGGCCACCGACGGCUGACCUUUUUAUUACUGGAACCGUGCUGUAAAUAUCCUGCGCUUUUUAUACGUGUGUUAGUUUCAUGUCAUUAAAAGGAACUC